GGUUGUUGUCUUUCUUUCAAAGUAUGAUUGGCAUGCGGAGCGUCAUUAAAUUGAGACAUUCCUUGUAUAUUUCCCCUCAGACCAUCAGCUCAGCCUCGCUGGAGUCUGUAAAGGACUGACAGUGACCUCUGGUGGCAGUAAAACAGCACUGCAGGUAUAAGGACUCACUUUUGAAAAGCCAUUAGCCUUCACAUACUGUUCAAAUCCUGUACCCUCACAGUAUGUUCCGGGUCAAAAUUGCCCCUUCAAAGAGUUCAAAGAGCAGCUUUCUGUCACAGAAAGUUCUCUUGACAAGUUAGGUCAUUUUGACCUCUGUCUAAGUGUGUCUGUGUGACUGUAUGUCUGUGCGUGUGUGUGUGUGUGUGUGUGUGUGUGUGUGUGUGUGUGUUUCUGUCAAGGUAAUGAUAGUUUCAUAAUGAUUUGAAUAUAUCUUUUUGAACAACAAACCUUAUAUUGAACACUGUUGUUACUGUUUGUCACUUGUCCCACACUGCUAGAUCUAAAAUCCAUCUAAAUAUAGAUACGGGUCAAAUUUGACCCGUAACAGCCUUAGAGGGGAAAAAUUUGUAGCACAUAAACAAAAAUACACACAAAUUUUUUAAAAUUAAUUUCAUGUAUUUGUAAAGUCAUCAAGUUUCAGGCUUAAAAAAUGAUGUUUAGGGUAUUUUUUACAGCUGUUAAAAGUCAAAACGGGUCAAAUUUGACCCGGAAAGUAUGUGAGGGUUAGUAUAGUAUAGUAUAGUAUAAUAUAGUGGUGUAAUCUGUUUAGAAAUUUCAGGUGGACUUUAUCUAAUUCAUUUUAAAAUACUAUGGUCACAUAGAGGUACUCCUUAUAUAAGAAAUAGGGUAAAACUUAUCCAAUCAUAUGGAGUGUAAACUGUCACCUCAGUUGUACUGAGUAGACUCAAGGUUGUUUUUUAUCCUGUACAUAUGGAAAGUCACUCUAACAUAACCUUGAUGCAUGUCCCAAAGGAUCCACUUGUCACAUGUCUGGCUAUAACAGUCAUGUAGCUCAUAAACUGUGGGUAUAAAGUCCACUGUCAUAACUGGUGGUGUGUUUCUGAAGUGUGUGACAGUCAAAAAGGGAAAGUGACAAAGUGACAGAAGUAAAAGGAUGCAGGAAACUUGAGCACCCAGAGGAGGUCUCUUUUGUUUGCACCUGUGCUUUAGAAAAAGGGGCAGCCUGCUGAGCUGGCUCUGCUCUUUCAGACAGUUAGGGGCCAAAGACUUUCUUUUGCUUCAUACUUGCUUGCUGCAUGACAAAGCUGAACUUCUUUCCACCUGGAGAAAGGUAGACCAAGCCAGAAAAACAGAGAUCAGUGAAGCUGACAAUCAUUUUCAGUCACUCUAGGGCUCUUUGUCUCGGACUCUUUGUCCCCUUCCUCACCUCACUGCUCUCUCAUUGCCAGGAGUGUAAGGUAGAGACCAAGUUAAUGAAGGUGCCACUGGGGCAAUGAAUAAUGUAUCAUCAGUGUGAUCAAACUACACUGUCUUAUUUGUAGUGCAGUCUUCGAAUAAAUACAUAUUUCCUUUAAAUUGCUGGUGGCAAGGGGACACCAAAAGUUACUGCUAGACUUUUGCUGAUAAGGAUAAUUUAAUGCUUUUGUUUGUUAUGAAUUGCAGUCAUGAGUAAGGGUAGUAUCAUAGGUAGAGUUUAAUAAUGACAUGCCAUGUUUUUAUCGGGUAUUGUCUGAUGACUGUCAAUACAUUUGAUUCUUCUUUGUCACUUAGUUAAACAUACAACUCAAACAACAAAACAACUGUGCAAAAAUGGAUUGGCCAGGAAAUAAGUAUAUUAUGAAGUAUUUUGUGUACACUUUCAUGUAUUAAUAAAACUAUUUCAUUUGGUUUUAUUUUUAUCUUGAGUUCUGAGGUCUUGAAGAGAAUAUAUUGAGGCUCAAAUCAUUCCUUAAAAAAAAUGAUUGUAAUGUUCCUUAAAAAGUAAGGUCACAUUUCUACAAAGCAGAGUGCAGGGAAUCUACAUUUGGUGGAAUAUCUCUUUUCUUUAACACUUGAGGAAAGGUGAAAUAUCCAUACAACCAACAUAAUACACCUCGAUGACACCCAAGGAUGGAAACAGCACCAAAAUAUUCUUAUUUGUUAUAACGUGUUACAAAAAAGGGCUUAAAAUGUUAAAAAAUGUUUAUUCAAUUAAAAUGUAAAUUAAGAUUAAUGUUUAAAUUUACAGUAUGGCUUAAAUUAAGAGCAACAUGAUAUUCAGACUAGAUGAAAGGAGUACACUGUGAGAAUAGACAUCAUUCAAUCAUCUGGCUGUCAUACAGAUGGAAAGCUUGUAUUUUUAGCACUUUUUAAACUUUAAAACUAACGUAUAUAAAAGUACAAUAGUUUUCACUCAAGAAAAAAUAGGUCUAAUGGUUAUGAAAAUACAAGAAAGUACAAUUACACAAAAAAGCUACUCAAAUACAGUAAAGAGAGAAAAUGUGAUUAGUUGUUUUCCACCCUAAUAACACCUUUACCUGGGUGACGGGCUGGAUUUUGGAGAGAGAAUUUUCCCCGUAAAAUAGACUGUUUGAAUAUUUCACCGUGGCAUAUAUGAGUAUGAUAUAUUAAAUGAAAAUGUGUUAAAAUAUUCAUCUAUUUGGAUCAGUCAACCGUGAUAAUCGUUGCAUUUGUGUCCGUCAAUCAGUCACGGGUGUGUUUCUGCGUCAUCACUCCCCGGCCAAUCACGUCGCGACGUCCAGAAACGGGGCACCCGAGACACAAACCUCGCAAACAUGGCGACGCUCCGAGGAGAGUACGGAGAUUGGAAAUACGACCGUUUUUAACCGAGAAAACAACCUCCUCCUCGCAUGAUAGGAUGUGGUGGGGUUAGCCAAAGCCGCCGCACGCUCAGCCUUUGAGACGAUGUUUGCAGAGGUAAGCUCACACCGGGGAAAGAGACGUGUGUACGGUGACAGUAGUUUGUUUUCCAGUGACAGACACAGCUAGUUAGCUUGUAGCAGCUAGCGCCCGAGCCCUAGCCCCGCAGGUAAACACACAGCAGCAGCCUGACAGAGACCGGACGGCUCCAGAAAGCCUGACUGCUAAAAGUGGCAUUCAGCAUGGGAUUACACAGGUAACGCCGAGUUAAUUCGCUGAGCCGAAGAUAUUCCCAACCAUAACCGCCGUCCUGGAAUUAGCUCAACGCGGGCAAUGUCGUUAUUAUGCGUUUAGAUUAUGGGUAACAUCCUCCAACAACGAAUUUCCACACAAGAAGAAGAAGAAACACAGGUGAGCUGGGCGUCAGCUGCUAACGCUGCUAAACCUACUGAUGUUAACUGUGACACAAAGUAACCUUUGUGGGAUCAGGAAGGAUGAUGAAAAGCACAGUUGUGCGCUUCUGUUUGGCACCUGUCUGCUCAGGUUAACUCGUAUUUUUGCAAACAAACACUCGCAGCUCCCUGCAGGUGUGAGAUGGAUGUUCAGGCGUUUCCUUCCUUUAUUUCUUCUACUUCAGGGAAAGUCUGACACAUGCAAAAACAGCUGUUUAUGGAUAUGUUUGUGAAGGCUUUCAUUCCCAGACUUCCCACAGACACUAACAACUGGCCUAAUAAAGGCUCCUAUUAAAAUAUUCAUAGGGCGCCUUCGGUCCAUUGUUGCUCAUCAGUAGUUGUAGAGAUUAAGCCUUUGCUAUGUGAUCACUCAAUCUGAUAAGCAUUCUUUUUUUACUGCAACUUGUGGUGACAUUGUAGUUUUUCUACAGCUCUCACAUGAUGCAGUUUCUCAAUGCUGGUUGCCUAACUUCAUUUAGAUAAAUGGCAAAACUACUGGUCAUUACAUCUGUUGAACUGCACUGUCCACCUCACCUGAGAGGCAGGUGACCUGACCACAUCUAGGCACCUCUCCAGCAGUUUAAGUACAGGUUUAGCUUCGGUAAUAAGGCUUUAGCCUCCCCUGCACUAUUCUGCAUGGCUGACACAGAGUACUGACUUCUGUGUAAUGUGCAGUCAGGUGUUGAAUUGAAGUGUAGUAGCUCUUUGUUAAAUGUUGCCCCCUGCUAGCCUUCAGUCUGAAGUAAAUUAUGAGCUGGCAUUGCACCGUGCUGUAAUGGGGUUUGGCUUUAAAGCAGCAAAGUAGUGCCAUCUUUGUCUGUAUUAUGGAUUUAAGUAGUGAAGCGAGUUAAAAUGCAUGCUAAUAGUUGUAGGAAUUGACUAGCAGGUUUAAUACAGUCAAUAUUGUAGGGCUUUUGGGAUGUUAUUAAAUCACAAGGUUUACAUGAUGUGGCAUCUUAUUUAAGACAUUUGUUGAAAGUCUUCAACAAUUUGAUUUUGAUCUAAUUUAGCGGCCCAAGAUGAUUAUUAGAUAAUGUCAGAUUAUUUAAGGACCACUUGCAUUCAUACAAACUCAUGAACAAGUACAGUGUUAUUCAACAACUUUACUUUGAAUUGUAACCCAAAAAAAUGUGACCGAGGAAAAAUAUGUCAAGAGAAUAUCAGCCGGAAAAUGACUCAUUUACACCUAAAGUCUAUUUAGAUAAACACCUAUGUAUCUGAAAUAUAACAACAUAGUCUCAUUGAAUUAGUUUGGAUGAUUCUCAAACAUCAAUUUUAUGGAUGUAUGUGUGACCCAGGAUCUACAUAUAAAGCUGUUAACUCUAAUGGUAAACCACUUCCUUCAGUCUGUUUAACUAGUAACCACAGUAACCAGUAACCUUUUGGGUCUGUCCACAUCCGUGUCAUUUUAUAUAGGUUAUUUGUUGACUGCAAGGAUUUGGACUCAUGUCCUAUUUUGUUGUACAUGUAUUUUUACAGGGUAAAUAAUCACUCUUCUUUUUCACAUCCGGGAGAAUGGUCAAGACUCUUCCUGUCCGACUUUGCUUCCCUUCUGUUAAGUAAAUGGCUUACCCAUUGAGCUUACGAAUACACUGGGUUAGUUUGUUGUGAGUGCCUUGUGUGUUCGCCCUCGGGCACCCAAAGUUAUCUCAGUGCUUUUCAACUGUGUCUUAAUCUCAUUAGGUCGUCUUAAUUAAAGCUUGAUGGACAUAUAGGCCAGGGCUAUGUCACAUCAGGUCUGCUUGUCAUCUAGUACCCCUCUCUCCCUUUCCUUAAAGGUCCCAUAUUAUACUCCUUUUCAGCAGGUUCACAUAGGUCUCAGAGGUCCCAGAACAGUCAAUUUGAAGUUUGUUGUCUAAAAACCCAGUCUCUAGUGAGCUCUACUGAGAACACGCUGUUUCUGUGUGCAGCGCCUGUCUGCGCCUCCUUCAGACCUAUAUGUAACAUUAGCUGCCUAAUAUUAUAAGUAUAGUUAUCUCUGGUGACUAUGUUCUUGCAGUGUAUGGAAACAGACUCCUGUGCUGCUUCAUGCAGCCAACAACAGAGCAACCUUGCUCGUACCUUCGCCAUUUUGAACCAGCGUUUGCAAGGGAGAAAAAUCGUGUUUGAGUGGAAAUUUCCUGGGGGCAGAACAAACAUCUUGGGCAGGGUCACCAACAUGGAGGGAAGGAGUUAUCACUGUCCAUGACCUCAUGGAAGGCGAUAGUUUCAAUCUACCUGUUUGAGCAGACAUUGUCUGAAAGGUGAGGGAGAGGAUGGAAUUUUCUUAUUUUGGGAGGUUUGUAGACAGGCUGGAGAUACAUAUUAUUGUUAGCAAACCAUUCUAAGGGGAAUUCUGUGUAAUAUGGGACCUUUAAGUCAGUAAAAGCUGUUGUGCCUAACAAGCUGACACAUUUUGAGAGUGAUGCUCAGUACAGACCUCUGUUUUGUACCCUGAUAUAUCCACACUGUGGCUACAUCACACAGAAGUAUUGACUGUAAAGUGCAACAGCUUCUGAGUGAGGAAAAGUUUGGCCUAUAGACACAGACUGUUUCCUAAAACGGGGUUUGUCUUCUCAUAGCUGCCUUAAGGUUGGUUAUGCGGUCUGGUUGGAGGGAUGCUGCUCGCCCAGUGAUCUCUGUUUGUUUGCUGGGUUCCUGGGUGACUCACAUGGCAGAAAUCAGUCCCUCCACAACACUCCUGGUACAUAAGGUUUUCAUUAAGAGCCAAAAAUCCGAAUGUCCAGUGACGAGGCUUCCAGUCUAGCUGCUCCAACCUACUGUUGUUUUUACUAACAGUUUCCUAAUCUUUGGGGGGCCACAGAUGUACACUUUCACAGGGGCUUUGGUGCCCUUUGGUUCCACUAGUUGGUAUGUUAUCUACACUAGUGUGCACUUUGUGUGGAAGCAAAACAUACAGCGUGUCCAGCUGUUUCUGCUUUUUCUUAUUUCCUUACAAUAGCAUGUAUACAGGGUUCCAACACAAGUAUGGAAAUAAAUUUGAUCAGUUUCCAGGUCUUAAAAAGUAUAGAAAAUGAAAAAUAAAGUAUGGAAAAAUAUUUAUGUCAGACUAUUACCACAGUUCUAAAAUAGAAAAGAGGGUAUUUCCAGAAAUGAUUCUAAAGAUCAGGGUAUGGAAAAGUAUGGAAAUUCCAACUGUGUAGGAACCCUGUGUUUAUCCCAUCUGUAUCAAGCAGAAAUGCCCAAAGUCAUUCAGCAUUAGUGGCUCAGAUAUGUUGGUGAACCCCUGUUUGGAUUGUUUAAUUGAUCAGAGAGGGAAAAAAAUAGUAAGAGGCUAAAUUUGUACCAAAGGAGUCUGACUCCACCUUCCUCAUACAGGGUAAAAGUGGAGUUAAUGCACGACAGGGAGCUGGCCACACCAACUUGGACAGAAAACAGGGAACAAAUCAGUGCUCAGUCAGAGAGCCAAGGAGUCGACGGCUAAUUGGAGCUUCACCUUGGCCACAGAGUGUGUUUGUGGGAUGAAUCUGAUACAGCUGGAUGGAUGACAACAUUAAGUAUCUUAGUGAGGUGUUCUUCCACUGCAAACUGGCGGAGAGGAACAGCGCUCCUCUGCCUGGAUUGUAUGAGUUGAUAGAGCUGUACAGACAACAUGAGCGCCAUUACCCAAGAGCUAUCCUCCAAGUCAGUGUUCUGCACAAGUGAUGUUUGUCCAUUUAACUUGUACUUUACAAUACUGCAUGCAUUAAAUGAAUGCUUUACAGCUUCAUUAUGUCUGGUGCUAUUUUGCACAAAUGCGAUCACUCAUACAGGAUUCACACAGUAUGGAAGAACUAAAGAUAACAGCAUAGUCAAGCAUUAUCAGAGAAUGUGCCCCCACUCUGACGUUUUUAUCACCUCUGUGCAGCGACUGUAAACAGGGGCUAACUCAAACUUUAUUGUGCAAACAUACUCUCACACACUUCCCCUUUUAAACUCUAACUUGUAUGCUUGAUGUUUGCUUGGGAAAGUGCUCUGCUGGUGGAUCAUGUUUUCAGUGUUUAAGCAGCCAAACCAGGAGUUUCAGAUUAUAUUUUAUACUGUCUUUAUAACAUGACAAUUUGCCUGUUAUUGGGUGUAUAAUUUUGGGUUGCCUCCCCUAAAGUUUCUUAAGUGUAGAUGUUGAAGUUUUGAAUUGUCAAGUGCGAUCUGCUCUGCUCUGAGCCCCACGUUGAUGUUUGUUUGUGAGCUGUCAGUGAUGUGUCAGCCGAACCACCUUCAAAUGACAGAGAAGGUCAGACACGCGGGUGAGGAUGCAGCCAAACUUUGAAGAAGAGCAAAUUUUUACAGUUAGAUUUGUAGUUGAACAUUUGAGCACAAUGUCAUUAUUUCCCAAAGGCAAUAACACGCUACAACCGAUUACCAGAUGCAAACGCAACAAGAGAAAUGCAAGGACGAGUGACCGCCCCAAGCAAUGUGACUUGCUUUCAUUGAAUUGAGUCUUUUCAAGAAAAAGAAUAGGCCAGCACAGUUUUAUUUGAUAAUCUAGUUUGUUAUUUUGAUGAUUGAUCACUCUCUUGAAGGCCUUCACUUUCUGGAUUGUUUCAGGCUCUCCCAGGCCCUGACAGUUCAGGCCUUUCACACAUCACCUUGCAGUGGGAGAUUGACUGUCUCAGACACACUCUUAGCACUGGAGAUAGUGUGUGCUGGGUAGGACAUGCAGAAGUGGAGGAAGUCUUUCAUAACAAUGACUGUUACACGCUACUAUCACUUAAACAUGCACAAGGACACUUCCCCAGAUAAUCGCAGCAAUGGAAACAUGAGACAGCAAACAGAGGUGAAGAGUGAAGACUGGAGAAGUCUUCUCAAUCUGAACGCUGUCAUCAUUUCACCUAAUUACUCACAGUGAAUCAGGGUCCAAAUUUAACACCUGCCACUCAUCCAAACAUACAUUUUCCUUUUGGACAGUAAAUUUCAGAGAGCUAUGUCACUUGGAUGAUUAAUAAUAGUACAGAAAUACUCUUUGAGUCCUAGUCUUGUGGCAGUCUUAGAAAUGUACGGUGAUGCACACGCAUGCGCACAGGGGCACCGGGUAGCCACCCCCGUCAUUGUUUACUAUGACAUCGACAGACCUGCUGCAACCAUUGUUUUGCAUCAAUUCUCCAUUUAUGCUUCUCUACUUGAUCUAAAACAGUUACUUUGCUCUUGCUUUGUCUUAACGUUUGUAUUCAACUUGUCAGCGUCUCAAAGAAAUGCCCUGCAACAAAUGACGAGCUGGAAAGUUCAAAAGUUGUGUCGUUUUAUUCUCAAGUUUCUACAAAUAUCACAAGAUUGUAGAUUAAGAUUAUCUUGAUAUUUUAUGGCUAUUUUAUGAUCAUAAUGAGGUGAAAGUCUUGGAUUGUGACAGUCCUAGUCUGGCCCUUUCAGUCUCCUUAUCAUCUUAAUGUAAUUUUUUAUGGCCCUCUUUUUAAAUACAUCUUCCUCUCUUGUCCUCUCUGAAUAAAUCAGAAUUACUGGUGCGGUUAUUAAAUCAGUUUCACUUACACACUCUUCCUGAGGCUAAUAUUCUGUCUGUUUUGGUGGUCAUGCUGGAUUAGACCUCCAUGAUCAGUCAGUCCCACUCACUUUCUCUCCCUCUGGCAUUAACCGUGGAUCUCCCACAGGAGGGCUGAGUUACCCUCACGCCCAGAGGCCACACUUAUUAACGCCUCGGCUUGUGAAUCCGUGCACUGGUCACAAAAAUAGCAAUAGCAUUUCUUUUUUUUUUUUUUUAGCAUUUCUACCUCUAUGUACACUCACCGGCCACUUUAUUAGGUACACCUGUCCAACUGCUCGUUAACACUUAAUUUCUAAUCAGCCAAUCACAUGGCGGCAACUUAGUGCAUUUAGGCAUGUAGACAUGGUCAAGACAAUCUCCUGCAGUUCAAACCGAGCAUCAGUAUGGGGAAGAAAGGUGAUUUGAGUGACUUUGAACGUGGCAUGGUUGUUGGUGCCAGAAGGGCUGGUCUGAGUAUUUCAGAAACUGCUGAUCUACUGGGAUUUUCACGCACAACCAUCUCUAGGGUUUACAGAGAAUGGUUCGAAAAAGAAAAAAUAUCCAGUGAGCGGCAGUUCUGUGGGCGGAAAUGCCUUGUUGAUGCCAGAGGUCAGAGGAGAAUGGCCAGACUGGUUCGAGCUGAUAGAAAGGCAACAGUGACUCAAAUAACCACCCGUUACAACCAAGGUAGGCAGAAGAGCAUCUCUGAACGCACAGUACGUCAAACUUUGAGGCAGAUGGGCUACAGCAGCAGAAGACCACGCCGGGUGCCACUCCUUUCAGCUAAGAACAGGAAACUGAGGCUACAAUUUGCACAAGCUCAUCGAAAUUGGACAAUAGAAGAUUGGAAAAACGUUGCCUGGUCUGAUGAGUCUCGAUUUCUGCUGCGACAUUCAGAUGGUAGGGUCAGAAUUUGGCGUCAACAACAUGAAAGCAUGGAUCCAUCCUGCCUUGUAUCAACGGUUCAGGCUGGUGGUGGUGGUGUCAUGGUGUGGGGAAUAUUUUCUUGGCACUCUUUGGGCCCCUUGGUACCAAUUGAGCAUCGUUGCAACGCCACGGCCUACCUGAGUAUUGUUGCUGACCAUGUCCAUCCCUGUAUGACCACAAUGUACCCAACUUCUGAUGGCUACUUUCAGCAGGAUAAUGCGCCAUGUCAUAAAGCUGGAAUCAUCUCAGACUGGUUUCUUGAACAUGACAAUGAGUUCACUGUACUCAAAUGGCCUCCACAGUCACCAGAUCUCAAUCCAAUAGAGCAUCUUUGGGAUGUGGUGGAACGGGAGAUUCGCAUCAUGGAUGUGCAGCCGACAAAUCUGCGGCAACUGUGUGAUGCCAUCAUGUCAAUAUGGACCAAGCUCUCUGAGGAAUGCUUCCAGCACCUUGUUGAAUCUAUGCCACGAAGAAUUGAGGCAGUUCUGAAGGCAAAAGGGGGUCCAACCCGUUACUAGCAUGGUGUACCUAAUAAAGUGGCCGGUGAGUGUAUGUGCGUGCAUUUACGGUGCAGGAUGUGUGUAGUUGUACAGCAUCUGGGAAAUGAUCAUCUCUAAGUCACUGAUAAGAGGUUGUGUGUGUUUGUGUGUCUGAAUUUGCCUGAAGCCAAAAAGUGUGAGAAUAAUAUGGUGUGGUUAUUUGUGGCCUUGAUGUUUGUACGGUUUAUCAUUUUUAUCAUGUCUUUUUCGUAUUUUAUCUUGCAUUUCCUUAGUCCAUAGAUGUCUGCUUACAUCUGGUCUAGAGACUAAAGUAUUGUUACACACAUACACACGCUAUUAUUUGUGACUGUUUGGCGUGGGCUGUGCCAGGAAUUGCCUGGAUGUUUAGAUGUGUGUGUUCCUGACGGGCUGCGGGUGUUAAUCACUGGAACAGAUGGUUCAUGUUUAAAGCCCUGUGUAAGCUGUAAUGACUCAAGAGUGUCAGUUAUCAUCUCUCCUCCAGAGCCAAGCCUCCACAGCCUCAGCACCUCGUAACACAGACCUACUGAUAGCUUCCAUGUUCACUGCUGCUCACUACAACUACUGACGUCAAACUGUGCUUAUGUUACCUGUUUAAACUAUAUUCAAGUAUUUUUCCAGUAAUGAAAACAUGUGGGAGGAUAGGCUGAGAUGAUAUCUACGCCAUAGAAAAACCUAAUGUCCAAACUGGAACCCUUAACAUGUUUACGCACGGCUACUUUUUAAAAAUAACUUCAAUCACCAGACAGGGAUUUUAACUCCACAAUGAUUGUUUUGUAACUUUUAUCAAGGAAUCAAUGUUCAAUUUUUUACCGUCCAGCUGUCGGAAGAGAAAUCUAGCUUGUUUAGUCUUUUUUAGGUGAGUGCAGAUGUUUUACAAAUUACUAACUCAGUGCUUGUCCAGUUCAAACAAGUUCAACAAGGAUAUCAGAUCUGGGUGAUUAUGUUGAAAACACCCUAAAAGUGGGACCACAAUAACUACCGAGAGAGAUAGAGAUAGAGGAGGUGAUGGUGUUGCAAAGCUACAGUAAACAUUGUAGACCCUGAGGCGACUGUUAGGUAGCUUCUGCUGUUGACAACAAACUAGAACAUUCGGUCUUGAACCAGUUUUUGCAGAAAAACAACGAACCUGUGUUGAUAAUGCCCCCCAGGGGAUUUUCACAAUGAGACUUUAUAACCUUUUAACCAAAGCAUCACUGCAGCAGGCCAUUGUCAGUCACUGUUGUGUUUACUUCCUUGAACAGCAGCACAGCAUAUUGCAGUUUUCUUGUAAUGACUCUGUGAGCACUUGCGGUAAACACGAAAGAGUUCAAAUGUAUUGCACAGAAUUUAAAAGGACAUUUGUAGAUGAGCUGUCAAGGCUUUACUGUUAGUAGAUGGAUGGAGACCUCAUCAGCCAUGCUUUCAAACGGUCUUGGUGCAUUUGCAUGAAGCUCAAGCGAGCUGUUAGCUUUGGUGCCAAGUGAAAUCAGGAGCAACAUGUUGAAAGCAGGCAUAGGAAUGGUGAGUAAAGGUUAUUUUGCAUUCUUGACAGUCAGUUCAUAAAAUUGUUUGUGUUUCUUAUAUGUAGAUCUGGUUUAUAUAUAUAUAUAUAUAUAUAUAUAUAUAUAUAUAUAUAUAUAUAUAUAUAUUACACACUUUUUUGCAUUUAUCUACUAUAUAUGGUUCUUUACUUCUGCCAGCACACAUAAUAACCUGAAGAGUGUUCUGCUGUGAGCUUGUUGCAAAACUUAGGUGCUCACGUUUGAUUUAGAGAGAAGACUAUAUGUUAGUUUUUUUUCUCAGUGUUGACACCAAACCGCAUGUCUGAGUGAAGUCAAAGUCAAAUCUCUGUUACAUUUAAGUAUCUGUGUAGCUCUCUGGACAGUAAUGUUACUCACCUUAUACCUACCUGUAAGAAUAUGAUCGUGUACAAUGAGAGCGAUCAUAUCAGGAGCAGUUUUGUCACCAUUUCAAGAUACUGUCCAGCCCAGCUGUAGAAGUUUGAUUGGGAUUUGUGCUUCAGGUUAGCUCAGAGUCAUCCGCAUUGCCAGCCUGUAUCUUGGGCCUGGUGGAGAUCAUGUAAGUACUAGUAAUGACUGCAGUGAGCUGCUGGGAGCUCCUGAACUUCUCUAACAGUGCCGGCGUCUGUACACUGUGUGGGUGACGGGUAAACAGAGCAGCUGUGUUACUACAGUCCAAACAGUCUGCAUGGAUAUUGUUAUCUUUAAGUUUCAUUGAGUUUUCUUGUGAAUGGUGACAGUCGCUGAGGCGGAUAACUGUGUCAUAGCUGUCAUAGAUAGUUUCCCAGUUCAGGAUACAGCAGCUCCUGUGAGAUAGUCAAAGUUUGUGGAUUGUUACCGGACGCUCUAAAAGAAACGCUCCUUUGUGUUUCCACCACUCCUGUCUAAAUGUAAUAAUAGGUCUUUCUUUUCUUUGACCAGCUUUAGUCACUUCCCAAAGUCUUUACCCUGUUAUUAGUGACUUUGUUUCUGCCAGUUGUGACUUGGUGGAGACGAGGUAGUAAAGCCAGUUUGGACACAUUCUGCAGCACGGACAAUGGUGUGUUCACUGGCACUGGGAAUACUCAAUUAGAUACAGAUUCAUAGAUGAGCCUGAACUCAACAUCUAGAGAGAAACUUAACAUGGGUGCGUCUUAAGAUCUGAUUGUAAUGAGUGAAAAUGACUUGCUGGCUUUAGUAAAAAAAAAAAAAAACUCUUGCUAAGGUGCAAAUGAUUCAAUUUGAAAGUCUGGUGAUGGCCUUACUGGAUUAAACCAGGUUUAAAAAUGACCCUAAUGUCUGCCAUGAGUCUCAUUCAAAUUCUGUUUUUUUCUUAAAAGUAACAAUAUUUUGUAAAACCUGUUUUUCUGCCCUGUCUCAACAGGCUGUUUUGUUGUUUGGUUAAGUUGAAGUAAAUAAACUCAGGGUCAACAAGUCCUUAUUGACAGCCUCAGGCAUCAGGUUUUUACCGUUACAGUCUGCCCGCUCCUUACCUGGUGUGGUCAGUUAUUUUAUUUAUUUGAUCAGGACAAGGCACAUUGAUCAUCAUAUCAGCAAAAAGCCUCCAAGUAAAUAUGCCAGAGUUAACACUAGGGCCCGACCAAUUUAUCGGCGAGCCGAUUAAAUCGGCCAAUUUUCACCCAUUUGAGACUAAUCGGUAAUUGGCCAAAACUUGCCAAUAUUUUCAGAAAUAAAAUGCGAAGAAUAGGAUUCGGUUUCACUUCAAAUUGUUUCGCCAUUUGAAAAGUUCCCCGACUAAUCGUGUAGAUGGCGCAGGGACCUCAUGACAAUCUUCAUCCACUAACUACCUCACAGCACAGCAGAGUGACGGAUCUAGUUGAAAACGCUUGUAUAGUUUGAUCAGUCGGUCUUCCUGUCGGUGUGAAGAGCAGUAGCCUACAGUAUAUCUACAGUAUAUUGUAUACUGUAGAUAUCUACAGUAUAUUUUUAUAAUUUAAAAAAAAAAAUUAAAAAUCGGCUGAUUAAUCGGUAAUCAGAUUUUUUUCCCCCCUAACAAUCGGUAUCGGCAUCGGCCCCAAAAAAUCCAUAUCGGUCGGGCACUAGUUAACACAGUUGCUAAACUUCAUAGAUUUUAUGCUUCCGUUCAAAGCUGUGAACAUGUUUAUUUUUGCUGUAAAGGCAGGCCUUUUUGAAUGGGUGUGUAUGUGGCUUCAGGGGCUUUCGGGGGGCAGCCUCAAGUGGACACUCAAGGAACUGCAGCUUUUUGCACUUCAGUAUUAGCACUACUUCUUGAGACUGAAGGUUGCUGCUUCCUUAGAAAGGCCAGAACAGCUGCAAGAACAUGAGUGCAGAGGCACAGACAUGAGCUCGCUCAGAAGCUGCUCAAAUAACAGACUUGUAAAUUGAAGUCACAGAGCCGCUGUUUGCACAUUGCAGAUCUUGCAAAUGUAUUUUCACUGAUUUAUAUGUGAACUUAAUUUUAUAAUCUUCUGUGCGCUGAACACAGUAGCAGAUCUUAUGUGUGUCAUGGGCUUGUCCCCGGCAGAGAGAACAAUGUCUCAGUGUCCUGAGGAAGCUCACUCUGUCCCUAUCUGGCAGCAUCAGAGGGAGCUGAUUAUCUAAAGAACUCUGGUAUGAAUGUAGGGCAGCAGAAGAUCAUCACUGCUGAUCAUCAUGAAGUCUGUCAAGGACUCUAUCUGAUGACCCCGCGCCCAGAGUGUGACACAGUGUUUUCCACAUUAAUCCACCUUUAUGUGGAUAACUGCAUUUUUCAUUCACAUUAUCACAUGACUCUGAUCCAUCACAGUGCUCUGCUGAGGUGUGUGUGGCCUGGUUUCAUUCGGCCGUAUUGGUGGCGCUAUUUUUAUAAGAGUUCAAACAAAGUAAGGGUGUUAUUUCUGCUCUGCAAGUGUUGAUCGGGAUAAUUCUACUGCUUCUUUACCAGCAGAGGAAAUUCUCCUUUUUUUAGGGGUGGAUGGGAGUCAGUGUUGAAUUUAUCUGUCUUUCAAUGAGUGAGAGAACCACACAAUAGGGCUGGGCGAUAUGGCCUACAAUCAAUAUGACGAUAUAUUGAGCAGUUCAUCUCGAUAACAAUAAAUGGACGAUAACUUAUCCACAAGCUGCUCACCCCGGCCCACAUUAACUUUGUCUACUUCAGGAUUAUUGUCCUAAAUUUCGGUAUCAGUAAAUUUUCGGUUUAUCGCCCAGCCCUACCACACAAUAUUGUGAUAAAAAUGCAUCACUUGGUUUGUUUAAAUUAGCAGCCAUGGUGGAUUCAACAAACCCUCCAGUGGUCUUGUGUCCUGGCUCAUCUUAAAGAAACGUCUAUGAUUGGUUUGGUAAAUCUGACGCCACAGGAAAACAUUCAGAAUGCAGACUUACACACCCAAGGAAAAUGAGUAUGAGCUGGCUGAUGGGUCUGGCAAGUCCAGACUAGUCUUACACGGCAUGUGCCUGCAAGGUGGACAGCCUGGAUGAUACCAAGUCAGCUUCAUCUUUACUUAUUUGAGGAUUACAAGAGUCCAACAAUGCUGUAGCACCGACCUCUUUUUAAAAAAUAAACAAUUUUCCUGUUUUUUUUUUUUUGGUUGAGUUUGACCAAGAAGAGCAUUUUGUCCUUUUUUCAAUUUGAUUUGAUUAGUCAUUAUCGAGGCCACUUCCAGCUUUGAAAUCCCUCAGCCUGCAGUGAGCUGACCCGUUUGAGCUUCAGUCCUACUGUCUACAAAGCCAAAGCAGCUCCAGGUCUCCCUCUCUGGCCCUGCUCCCCAGGACUCACAUAGUUAGAGGCCAAUGGCAGCUCUGCUUUUGGACGUUCUAGGCAGUCUGUAGUCAUGCCAUCUUUUGCGUUAUGGUAGCAUAGCAUAGCUGGGACUAGAAAAUAAAGCCAGUAGGCCAGCUCAUUUAGAAAACUGGGACAGAGUUUUUAGCUAGAAAUGAGAGCGUUGUUUCCUGAACUGACAAUAACAGGAAAACCAUAGGAUGUGUCACAGAAGUAUGCACACACACACGCAGUCUAUCCCUGAUACUUUCUAACAAUGCAACACACGACCACGGUGUGAGUGAGUAUUUAAAUAAUCGUUUCCUGUGCCGACAUCCAAAGGUCAGAGAUGUGUUUCUUCAGGGUGACGUCAUUGUACAGUAUUGUUGUCUAAUCUUUUCAAGUUUGUAUCAGAGUGCUGUUCAUUUAUUUGAUCACAGUGAGCGAGCUGAGGAGCCUGAACUGUUUUAAGCAGAGGAUUAGUAAUUAAUCUGGGAGGGGAAAUCAAGAAACAACAGCACUUAAGAAGAAACAGGAUGUUUUUUGGUGCAUAGACCGCAUGUUCGAUUAGAUCCGGUAUCUUUUAAAAUGUCUCCAUCAGUCAGGAGGACGUGUUUCAUCCUAAUACCAUCUGUGUUUAUUUGUGUUUCAGGCCAGUCUGUCCAUCUGGGGAUGGGGGGGUCUUGGAGUCGUGCUGUUCCUCGUCACCUUUGGACCCUUUGCCAUAUUCUACCUGGCCUUUUAUAUCUUCUGCUUUAUUGGAGGGUGAGCAGGAAGACCUCUGAAUCAUCAUGCUACUUUUGCACAAGCGCUCUCCCACGUUAACCGCAGCUUUGGGCACGGAUCAGGUUUUAGCUGUCCUCUCACUCUCACUUCUGUUUUCCAGGGGCUUUGCGGUCACACUGCUCUACGGGAAGAUCAACUCCGAGAAACACCUGGAAAAGUGCGAGCACUCGUACCUACCACCCACGCAAAUUGGUAUACUCAAGGUAAAAGCAUGCUGAAAUCCAUAUCUUGGCAGAGAAGUUAGAAAACUUUUGAAGGUGUAGUUUACUCCCAAAACUUUCUUUAAUUUGAUUGGUCUGAUGUCACUCUCGUCUGUCUGUUUCUCUCCCUAACCCUCAGACGUUGGAUGAGAUGAAGCUGGAGUUGAAGCCAAUAAAGAUUGACAGGAGAUUAACGGGCUCCAGUUUCAUAGAUGAACCACUACAGCAGGUGCGUGUCCGAGUGUUUGAGACAUGUACAGUAUGCAGUUCACUGAGUAUUUGGCGACCAUGGUGAAUUCAUCAGGGGUUUGCAGGCAAAUCUGCCAGAGUAGAUAGGGAAACACUGAAUUAUCAGGUUUCAUAACUAGAGAUAAAUAAAGGACAUCAUGUUCUCUAUUUAGAGUCACUCUGUUUUGGUUUAUUUCUUGUUCUUUGUAGAGGUGGUAUCAGCUCAGGUAUGUGCUGGCACUGCUGAGUAAUCGGUCACAAAAAGCCAAGCGCACAUGAACUGGCUAAGCAGAGAAGCAUCUAAAAGAUAACAGGAUUAUUACUGGCUGACAAAUACUAACACGGCAGGCCUUUUGGACGCAGGCCCAGUUAAGUAACAGUCUGACCUGUCAGCUGGUCCAGGUCAGCAGCUUCAUGGCCGCAAGGCAUAAAGUAGUCAUCGCUGUCAAACACUGACCGAUCCCCUGAGUCCUGCGUGUCUCACGGUCACUGGACGACGGUUCCUUGUGGUUAGUGUCAACGGUUUGUCUAAAAUAGGCUGGCGGUUAGCGGAUGCAUACAACAAAAUCAAGUUAUAUUAAACUGAAAACGUGGUAAAAUGAACGAAGUUAUAGCUUCAUGUAAUCGCAGCUUUCCUUCUUCACUUCAUAACAUUUCAGUUCUGCCUUCUUUUAAGGAUGAGAGAGAAGGCUCUUCUUUUGAAUUUAAAAUAAAGUGUACCGCACGCUUGUUAGUAUUUUUAAACCCUUGAGAAAGACCUUUUUUGACUUCUUUAAUUUCAAAUAAGAUAAACUAUUGUUUUUGAUCCAUGUUUGUCAUUGUGGAUCACUGUGAAUGCUUUAAAUGUACUCUAAAUCAAGCAGAUAAUGCACGUCUUUGGCCUCUAAAAAUUUGAUCGCUCUAGAAAAUCUAAUUCAUCUUGAGAGAUGAGCUGUGUCCGAACGGAAAGUAGAACUGAAACCCUCUGACAGUGUUGCAGUAACGCAGCUCAUGUGCCUCAAACAAAAGAUACGUUGAAAUGUCAUAUUUUUAGUCUUCUUUCAGCAAAAUGCACACCCGAACACAUCCUCCAAAUUACUGUUUUGUCUGACUGUCAAAAAGCACAAAGAGCUGGAGAGCUUAGUGGCUUUUGUCCGAUUGGCCAGUGUCUUUUUUCUUUCCACCCUGGUCCUGUGGUUACAGCACUUGGAGAAGAAAACAAGCUUUAAGCACGCUGGCCUGAGUAAAGCAGCGUGGCCGGCAGAGUUAGCUGCAGACACAGCAGAUUGUGACAGUCAGAUGACACUGACUGCUCUGCUGUGCUGCUCUCCGUCUGUCCUCCCCCCCCCUGCAGGAAUGCACACUAAUCAUUUCAGCCACAUAGGAAACCUUGAGAUCUUGCACAGCUGAAUGUGACAACAUGUUAACCUGCACCGCUUUAAAAAACACACUUCUCUUACUCUUGAUGUUCAACAGUUAGUGAUAAAAGCCCUCCUGCCUGUUCAGCUGAUGGUAUCAGAUGACUGUAACAGUAGCAUGAAAGUACAAUAAAUUGAUGUAAUGAUGCUACUUAUCUGAGUUGUUACUGUGAGUAACAGAGUGAAACUAAAGUACAUGACUUAUUCUUACCCCCCAUUGUUUCACGCUGACAGUCAACAGACUCAAAUGUGUUUCAAAAACGUUUAUUUUCCUGCGUCAAACUUCAAUCCUGUGCGACAUUCGAGUCCAGUCGUUGCUUUUCAUUAGUCAGUGGAAUCUGGUUAAGUUGUUUAAACAAACCUUUGGCUGCACUUCCCUGUCUUUGAUGUCAGCAUCAAACUCCCGUGUCACAGCGUGAAGAGUCUUGUGUUUUACCUCAAAGAUACUCGUGAGAUUUUAACCACAUGUGCUCAAUGUCAGCAGGAUCAGAACUAAUACUGACUCAGUACUUAAAAUCAUAUCACUGUUAUUUGAAACUUUAUCUCUAAACCCAGGGUUUCUGCUGGGUCUUAAAAAAGUCUUAAAAUGUCUAAAAUCCAGUAAUUUGAAUCCAAGGCCUUAAAAUGUCUAAAAUUCUCUUAAAACCUCAUAAAAUGUCUUAAAUACAAAUUUAAAAGGUCUUAAAAUGUAUUAAUGUUACUGACAAAUAAAGAUUGAUUUGAAGUCAGUUCAAAAUGUUCUGAUUUCCCUUCAUGUCUUUUGUUCUUUUUUGCCAGUAUGGAUCUUAAAUUGCAUUCAUUAUGGUCUUUAAAAAGUCUUAAAUUUGACUUGUUGCAACCUGCAGAAACACUGAAACUGAAAGACAGAUUUUUGUGAGCUCCUGAGCUAUAGUUAGCAGCCUCUCUCUUACACACUAUAAAAAAAAAAAACACCCAAAAGGAGUGAAGAAACCAAGAUUUUUGAAUUUGAAAUGCUGUACUCUGUUAUUUUGCCAGUUUCAACUGCUAGCUGAAGUCCUCUGCCAAUAAUUAAGCUUCAAGCGAAAACUUUGACCCCAACAAACAAGCAGGUAGCACCUCCUCACUCCCAACUCUUCUCUGUUUUCCUCCUCUCCUCCUCCUCCUCUAUAUCUUUGUCUCUGCAGGUGAUCCAGUUUGCUCUAAGAGACUACAUCCAGUACUGGUACUACACUCUGAGCGAGGAUGAGUCUUUCUUACUGGAGAUCAGACAGACGCUGCAGAAUGCCCUCGUUCAGUUUUCUACACGGUACAAAACUCGUUGUCACAUGGACAUAUUCUGCAUUAGUGCUAAAGCUGUGACAAUAUCAGAUAUCAGCCAUAUUUAUUUUUAGUUUUACUCACAUAUUAGAUUGUUUAACCUCUUUUGGGUGUAUAAUCUUUUUUUCAAGGUCCAAAGAGGUGGACUGGCAGCCUUACUUCACCACCCGCCUGGUGGACGACUUUGCCACCCAUUUACGUGUCUUCAGAAAAGCCCAAGAUCGCCUCGCAGACAGAGAAGACAAGCAAAGUGAGUCGAGAAAUCCACGAUUGCCACAACACUGAUUAUGAAGCUGUCUUGAUGAGCGACACAAUAAGAUUUUGAUUGUAAUUAUGUGGUGGAAAAACUGUCAGCUAGCAGAGCUUUGAAUUAUCAUGCGAAGUAAAAAUGUUGAAAAUGAAAAUGAGUGAUGUCUGCACAGGGGACAUCACAGAGGAGCUGGUGGACUCCUUCUUCGAGGCCGAGGUGGAGAUGGAGAGGAAGAUCUGUCGAGACGUGGUGUGCACUUCACACAAAGAUGAAGAAGGUAAACACGCCGGUGCGACGUGUCUGACCUUACAGAUCACACCGCCACGAAGAGCUCGUUCACACAAACAUGCAGAAAACUAAACAUACUGCUCUUGUGAUUGUCAGGUUUCCUUCGGGACUUGUGCGAGCUGCUCCUGUAUCUGUUACUACCUCCUGGAGAUUUCCAUAACAAGAACAUGAGAUACUUCCUGAGGGUGAGUUCAUAAAGAAGACAAACAAACACUAAACUGAACGCUCACUUAGCCUGUCAAAGGAUCACAGUCGGUGUCACUUUGUCAGUCUGACUGAAUCCCAUGUGCGAGCAAACAUUAUGUCACACCGCCUGUGUUUGUCAUGGUUAAGCCACCAGCCAAAUGCCUCUUUGGCUGCUAUUCAGACUUGAGUAUUAUUUUCUUACAACACAAUGCUACUGGUUCGAGGUACACCGCCGUGCCAGACCAUGUGACCCAAAUGUUAUGACUGCACCUGUGAUGUUGUUUUAGGAGGUGCUGGCACGUGGAGUGCUGCUUCCUCUGAUCAACCAGCUGAGCGACCCGGACUACAUCAACCAGUUUGUCAUCUGGAUGGUGAGAGCUGACACUUACUUCCUUAAUUACCGCCUGUUAAUUAGCUGCUGGCUGAACAUUUCUGUGUGUGUGAUAUACACUCACCGGCCACUUUAUUAGGUACACCAUGCUAGUAACGGGUUGGACCCCCUUUUGCCUUCAGAACUGCCUCAAUUCUUCGUGGCAUAGAUUCAACAAGGUGCUGGAAGCAUUCCUCAGAGAGCUUGAUCCAUAUUGACAUGAUGGCAUCACACAGUUGCCGCAGAUUUGUCGGCUGCACAUCCAUGAUGCGAAUCUCCCGUUCCACCACAUCCCAAAGAUGCUCUAUUGGAUUGAGAUCUGGUGACUGUGGAGGCCAUUUGAGUACAGUGAACUCAUUGUCAUGUUCAAGAAACCAGUCUGAGAUGAUUCCAGCUUCAUGACAUGGCGCAUUAUCUUGCUGAAAGUAGCCAUCAGAAGUUGGGUACAUUGUGGUCAUUAAGGGAUGGACAUGGUCAGCAACAAUACUCAGGUAGGCUGUGGCGUUGCAACGAUGCUCAAUUGGUACCAAGGGGCCCAAAGAGUGCCAAGAAAAUAUUCCCCACACCAUGACACCACCACCACCAGCCUGAACCGUUGAUACAAGGCAGGAUGGAUCCAUGCUUUCAUGUUGUUGACGCCAAAUUCUGACCCUACCAUCCGAAUGUCGCAGCAGAAAUCGAGACUCAUCAGACCAGGCAACGUUUUUCCAAUCUUCUAUUGUCCAAUUUCGAUGAGCUUGUGCAAAUUGUAGCCUCAGUUUCCUGUUCUUAGCUGAAAGGAGUGGCACCCGGCGUGGUCUUCUGCUGCUGUAGCCCAUCUGCCUCAAAGUUCGACGUACUGUGCGUUCAGAGAUGCUCUUCUGCCUACCUUGGUUGUAACGGGUGGUUAUUUGAGUCACUGUUGCCUUUCUAUCAGCUCGAACCAGUCUGGCCAUUCUCCUCUGACCUCUGGCAUCAACAAGGCAUUUCCGCCCACAGAACUGCCGCUCACUGGCUAUUUUUUCUUUUUCGGACCAUUCUCUGUAAACCCUAGAGAUGGUUGUGCGUGAAAAUCCCAGUAGAUCAGCAGUUUCUGAAAUACUCAGACCAGCCCUUCUGGCACCAACAACCAUGCCACGUUCAAAGUCACUCAAAUCACCUUUCUUCCCCAUACUGAUGCUCGGUUUGAACUGCAGGAGAUUGUCUUGACCAUGUCUACAUGCCUAAAUGCACUAAGUUGCCGCCAUGUGAUUGGCUGAUUAGAAAUUAAGUGUUAACGAGCAGUUGGACAGGUGUACCUAAUAAAGUGGCCGGUGAGUGUAGAAGCUGUUGAAAAGAAAAAUGUAACAUCAUGUACAUGUAGUAGUGGUGCAACGGAUCAUCAUUGAUCCGUAGAUCCGGGACACCAGCUGUAACUACGAAGCCUUCAUGAACAUCCUGAAGCUAACAGACAAGCCUGCAGAGCUGGAGGCCGUCAAAGACAAGGUGCUGGAGGAGCUGCAGUACCUCCGCUCCUUGGACACUGCAGGAGAUGGUGGGCAACAACUUUUCUUCUUAUUUACAAACACCUCUGUGCUUAAACCUAGAGGGUGCAUAUGUGCUGUUUUGCCCCCCUCAUUUGAUGACCUUGUGUGUCUGUCUAUUAGAUAUCAACGUGAUCAAGAACCAGAUUAACAGUCUACUGUUUGUGAAGAAGGUGUGUGAGACCAGGAUCCAGAGACUACACUCUGGCAAGGUGAGAAACAGUCUUACUGUAUAGAGGUGUACUUGGGUAUAAACUGUACAGAAAGCUGUCCAGGUAGAGAGCAUUAUAUUUUCGGGACAGCAAUAUUCCAGUUGGAGUUGUCAAAUAAGAUACCUGACCACAAAUUUGAGUGGUCGGUUAUGGAGAAAACUAAUGACAUCAAACAAGUCUCAGAUGUAAAAACAUUUUGUUGAAAACUUUUAUUGCACAGAGUGAACAGCAGCAGAUCCACUGUCCAAUGUCAGGCAUACCUGACUGCACUCAUCUUGAAGGAAAACCCUCAUGUGGAGCCUCGUUUAGCAACAAGCUGCUCAAAAACGUCUUCUUCAUCACCUUCGGCCAUAUUUAUUUGUUAUUCCGCUCUGUGUGGGCUUUGGCUGCGAGUCCGUCGUUCACACUCACGUCAUCAACUUGCGUUUGUUGUAUCUAUCACGAGAUGGCAAAUAUUUAUCAUGUAGGAUUUUUCUGACUUUAUGUCGUGAGCGAUAAUUUAUUGUCCAUCCCUACUGUAUAGUAUUUACAGUGAGGGAACCAGUAAAACAUUUCCACUCUCUGUGGCUAACUUGACUUACUAUCCCUCCUGUGUCAUGCAGGAAGUGGACGCCUUAAAGCUGGCCGCCAACUUUGGAAAGCUGUGUGUUAUCCCGCUGGAUCACAUCCUCGUCCACAACAUCGCCCUGCAGUUCUUCAUGGGUAAUUAAAGGAAAAUGCAACAUCACGCAUAUGUAGACCCACAUACCUGAGUUCUUCUGACUGUAGCCCAUCUGAAGGCCUUAACCCUGAACACACCUGUGACUGGUCUGUAUAAUCCAUCACUUACUCGACCACAACCUGUCUCAGUCACACUCCUGUUAAAUCCCACCUGACCUCCUCAGAGAUUAUUCAAGGUUAUUCCAUGUUACAGAUCAGAUUAUGAUAAAGUUAAUGUGUCUGUUUGCUGUUUGUGCAUGUGUGUGGGUGUGUGUUUGUGUGUGUGUUGCUGUGUACAUAAUAGGAGCAAACCGAGUUGCAUCAGCAUAGAUUUAGAAAACAUGAGAGUGCCAACAGCUACAUUUACAUUUAUUCUGCAGGUCAACCAGUCCCCACAAGCUUCACGCUCCUCUUAUCGCUCAUGUAUUUGUAUGUCGGUUCAAAGUGCUGCAGUACGCAGACCCCAUUCGGACUAAGUCUUGUCUAUCUGUCCACCCAGACUUCAUGCAGGCAGCGGGGGCCCAGGCGGAGCUCUUCUUCUGGCUCACUGUGGAGGGCUACAGGGUGACGGCGCAGCAGCAGCUGGAGGCCAUGCUGGGCUGGCAGAAAGAUGGCAAGAAGCAGCCCAGCGCCACCAAGGGGCUGUUGAAGGCUGCUGCACUGGGCGUGUUUGAACAGUACCUCUCUGAGAAGGUAGGCGGUUGAUGUCUAAUUAUUAUAUCGAGUCGUUAUCUUAUGGAAGUUAAUGAACAUGUCGGUCCUUCUCGUUGAAUUACACACACAAAAACAUCCUUACUGGCAGCUGUUUGAGCUCAAGACGCUCUCAGUUGAAAAUAGUUUAACUUCUGGGACACGAUAGAGGGAGUAUUAUUCCAGGUCUGAAGUUGCUUCUAAUGUCAAAAAAUGAGGCAAGGCAGCAUAAGUAACCAUAGCAACAGUAAGUAGUGGUGGUAGUGGGUACUGACGCUGAAAAAAAAAAAAUUUAUUGACAUAGGCCUUUAAAACACUGUUACAUUCAUGUAAUUUGAAUGUAAAUCUACCUGCAUCUGUCUUUUUUCCACCCGACAGGCAUCUCCCAGGGUGCAGGUGGACGAGGCGUCUGUUACGAAACUGUGGGAGAAGCUGCAGAAAGACGACCCCACCCCAGAGAUAUUUGAUGAAAUUCAGAGAAAGGUACUCCAUCCUCUUUACAGAGUAACUAUUAGGAAUAACGCCAAUGCUCUUGAGAAAUUUUCUGUCAGAUAGCUGCAUAGUUUUUGUUAUAAUGGUUUGGAUUAUAUGUGCUUUCCACUGCCUGUUUUCUAAAUAUGAACAACUUAUCGACUCACUUUUCCCUCAGGUCUAUGACAUGAUGCUCCGCGAUGAGCGCUUCUACCCUUCCUUCAAGCAGAGUCCUCUCUACGUGCGCAUGCUGGCAGAGCUGGACAUGCUGAAAGAGCCGAGCUACAGAGGCUCUGAUGACGGUGACGGAGAAUCCUUCAACGGCUCUCCUACAGGAAGCAUAAACUUGGUAAGAAUUUUCCUCUUCCUGGUACUAGACGUAAAAAAAUGUGCAGGAAUGUUGUACGCGCAGCGGUUAUUCUUAAGAAAGUGCACCGUCAUAUGCUGGUUUGUGUCCUGUACUUUCAGUCCUUGGACGACUUGUCCAACUCCUGCCAUGAUGAAACUAUGCACCUACAUGCCUUCAUCUCCGACACAGGUACACACACACACACACAUACACGUUUAAUCUAGACUGAUUUAAACCUGAAAUGGGACUCUGUGAGAAGACUGAGUGCUUUUGUUGACUUUAUUUGGUAUCUUUUAGCCUUCGUUCGCCCUCCCUUGCAUGUUUUUUCUCUCUCCUAGCUCCAUUCAUUACUUCUGCUGUGACUUUUCAUACUUUUCCAGUAUUCUUUAUUUCUCUCAUUCCAUCACCUUCACUUUGUUUCUUUUCCUUUUCUCCCUCCCUUGCUUUUUCCUGCUAUUCUGUCACGACCCCCUCCCGUCUCCUUGCGCUCUCUGCACUUGUUUCCUUUGCUUUCUUUUCUUCCGUUCCACACAUUCUUUUUCUCCUUUUCCUUUUCUCCCCUGCCGUUCACCCACCCCUCCUCAUCUUCCGUUCCCAUUUUGGAUAUAUUGCGGGGCGGGGUAGCUGAUACUUCUCUCCCCGGCUUUUGGGGUGCUGCAGGGGUUUGCAAUGACCAUGGUAAGACCUACGCACUGUACGCCAUCACCGUGUUCAGACGCAGCCAGGACGGCAGCGAGGACUGCUGGAAGACAUAUCGCCGCUACUCCGACUUUCAUGACUUCCAUAUGAGGAUCACAGAGCAGGUGUGUGUAAGUCAUAAUUAAGGGUUUAAUUCUUCUCCUUUUCUGCCAUAAUAGUCAAAAAGAAGAAACUCAUAAACUUGACGGUCAUUUUCUGUGGUUCGUGUGUUUACGUUCUGUUUUAGUUUGAGAAUCUGGCGUCAAUCCUCAAGCUGCCAGGGAAGAAGACAUUUAACAACAUGGACAGAGAUUUCUUGGAAAAGAGGAAAAAAGACCUCAAUGCUUACUUACAGGUAGGAGUUGAAUGUCAUUUUGAAAACCUUUGCAGUCCUGUGUCACUCUGAGAGUACCAAAACUCCUGGUUUGUGUUGCAGCUGCUGCUUAACCCAGAGAUGGUGAAGGCCUGUCCAACUCUGAUUCCUUACGUCUACGACUUCCUUGAAAACAAGGCCUACAGCAAGGGCAAGGGAGAGUUUGCACGAAAGGUAGCUACGGACUUCCUUUUGUUCAUUGCAUCCCCUUGUGCGUCUGUCAGUGUCAGACUGUGGCUGUUGUAAAUCAUUUUAAAGGUACAUUUCAUCCUUUAUUCCUCCCAUCAGAUUGACACAUUUGUAAAUCCUCUGAGGAGCUCCAUGAGAAACAUGUCCAAUGCGGUGAAGGCACUUCCUGACAGUCUGGCUGAGGGCAUGACCAAGGUCUCCGACAACAUGGGCCGCAUGUCCGAAAGAUUGGGACAGGAUUUUAAACAGUCCAUACUUAAGGUGACCACAUUAAAACAAGCUACUACUUUGUUUCUUUUUAAAGAGCAUCUGUCUGUUUGAUACUUCGCCCUUCUGGGAUCUUUCAGUUUUCAGUCCAACAAAAAAGGAGAACCAGCUGAUCCAGAGGAGGCAGUGUGUUAAAUCUGCACCAAAAAGAUCCGUGUGAAAUGAGGAAAAGCAUCCAAUUUGAGGUCUCACAUAAAAAGUUAACAUUCAGCUGUCAGCGCUAAACCGCUGCCUCCUCCAGCUCAGAGCUCGUAUCGGUGCCAGUUGACAGCUCGGAGUCGGUGAAGCCUCCAACCAAGUUGUCAAUAAAACACUGAAAAUGACAGACGUAAGCGCACCGUAUCAAGUUGAAGAGUUGGUGCUGUCAGUGCUUCAGAAAUGUAGUCAUAGGAGUUUCACGGAAAACCUGUGAAAAAAUCAAUGGAAGUUGACAUUAACAUCAAGACCUGUUGAAAGUCUGAUGCCCGAGCCCCCCUCCUGCUGCAACAUGAUCCAACUCCGGCAAUAGAUUUAGUCUCAACACAUUAUACUGACUGAGAUCCACAAAUUGACAAGUCUUUAGAUUAGAUUAGAUAUAACUUUAUCUUUUUGGGAAGGUUCCCUCAAGGAAAUUUAAAGAUCAAGACUAAAUGAUCCUGCUCAAGUUGUCUAUGAUCCAUCUUACCGUGUAAGAUCAGGGUUCAAAUCCUUCUUCUCUAUCAGGUAAACAACCUCAGAAUAAAUAUUCAUAGUGAUGGAAAAUCAGGCUUAUUUCGUGACCCAGAUCCUUUGGCUCAGCAGGAACUGGCUCUGUCGGCUCUCAAACAGCUUCUAGAGCCAGUUUUCAGUCCUUGGCGGCUGACACAUACUCCCCUCUUCAUCAUCUCUACUGUUUGCUGUCACUGUGCUGCAUUGCUGUAAUGAUGUCAGUUGCCGUGAAAAUUAUAACUUUGAAGAAAACUGUUCAAACAUCUCUGACAUAGAAAUGUCCUUUUCUUUUUUCCAGGUGCCUCCACUCCUUCCCAAGACAGAAAUCGACCCCGAACACUGUCGAGUCUCUGCUCAGCUGGAUGAUAAUGUGAGUCAGGGCGCCUGUCGUCGUCUUGCCAUCUGUUUCAUCCCUUUUGCUCUCUUUCUUGGUUUAUUCAUUUAAAACUCCAUAAAAAUGUGUUUUUUUUCCUCUAAGGUGGAUGAUAACAUCCCUCUGAGGGUUAUGCUGCUACUAAUGGACGAGGUGUUUGACCUGAAGGAGAAGAACCAGUGGCUGCGUAGGAACAUUAAGAACCUGUUGCAGCAGCUCAUUAGAGCCACUUAUGGAGACACCAUCAACAGGUCAGAGACACCAGAUCUUCAGAGAGUCUAGUUCACAGACCUCGGAGACAGAAACCACAGAUAUGGAGUGAUAUCAACAGUGAUAUGGAGCUUGUGGUGCAGAGUGAUGAUUAUCCAGACCUUGUAAAUAAGUGAUAAUAGAGAAAGCUGUUUUGAAAAGAGGACGUUUGUUUGUCAAACACAGACCAAAAAACAAAAUUUCAGACAAACAGGUUAAAACAGUCCACAACCCCCUCUGUAGAAACCGUUCAAACAGGAAAAUAGGACAGAAUGUGAGCUAAUAUUUGAAGUGCAUGCACAAUAAACACAUGUUCACAUCACCAAAUGUACACAAAAACAAGAACCAGUAAAUAACCUCCAGGCUGAUACUUUUUUCUCUUUGACCCUGAAGGAAAAUUGUGGAUCAUGUGGACUACUUGACCUCACCUGAGCAGGUUGCAGACUACGUCAAGAAGUUCAGGUAUCCUAUCACGGUCUUGUUUUUUCGAUCUCACAGCUUUGAUCAAUCAGAAGAAUUAUGAGUAACUCUGUGUGAUUGUGUUUCUAUAAAGGGACUCCUACUGGCCUAAUGGUAUUCUGGCUGAGUCACCACCCCGCCGGGACAAGAACAUCCGGAUGAGAACCAGAGUAGCUGCCAAGACCAGCCUGCUCGGCAUCAUGCCAGGUGAAAACACCCCCCCUUCUUCAUCCUAUUGUUGGCUGGGCCUGUUUAUGAUGACAUCACCUACUUUGACCAUCCUUUAACCCUCUUCACGUCAUGUGGAUCUGACUGUUUGAAACACAAGUUCAGGUUUAGCCUUUGUGAGGCUUAGAGAGGUUAGAGUGGGAAACCACAAAUUUGUUGGUGUUGUCAGAGUUUUGUUUUCCUGACCUCAGAGGGGCAGCAUGUUCCAACUGUGGAAAAAAAUAUGAUACAGAAGAAGUUAUAUCUGCAACAGCAGCGACACGGAGACCCUUCUGAAAAUGUUCAUACACCUUCCUCCUACACACUCCCACUCUGUCUGCAUGGUUGGGUGGAGGGUCUGCCGCACUGGGUGCGGUCCAAACCUCUUGAGUGUGGAGUGGGAGUAGGUUGUUGGACCCCCCCUGAGCAAGGAGUCUGCACAGAUACCGACUUUGGGUUUCAAAGUUUAUAAUAUACUCAGGAGGAUCUCAAAGACCUCUUACCACAUGUGUUUGGAGCCCUUUGUUGACAUUUUCCAAAGCAAAGAUUCACAGUAAAGUGAUGUAUUAGCUGCCUGGCUGUAAAGAAAACAUGACUUUUGCAUGUGCAGGACACGAAUAAAGACUCCUACUUUGUCCACUGGGGGGCGCCAAAAUCAGCCCCACCUCUAAGUUCCUCAUAGAAGCUUUCAUAUAGUAAUUGUAUUGAAAUUUCUGGCCUUUUAUCAAUUUAUCUCUCCUCUUCUUUUGUUUUUGAAAAUAAAAAAUUGAUUUAUUUUUAUUUUUCUUAGUUUUAGGUCUUAAUUUCACUAGAAAGUUUUAUGCUUUUUCGUCAGUUGUGCCUUUUCAAGAACCUCAAAAUUCAAAAUAAUUUCCAGUUUUCGAGUCACAAUUUCAUCCAAUAUCAAUACAGUACUAAUCAAUAUGCUACAAAAUCAAUUCAGAAAUAUCCCCAUUACUCAUUACAAAACCAUCUAACAUGCAUUGAAUAUAGAAUAAUAAAAUAAUUUAAAUGAAAUACGUGCCCUGAUUAUAUAGGAUUAGACAAAAGUGACUCCAAAAUGAUCAUCUCUGUUGAGUUAUUACUAGAAUUAAACAAAAGCACAGUCCGUUAUAAGUGAAGUGCACUGCCCUGUCUGUGUCAAAAGUCUGGACGUCCCCUUGUGUAGCAGCAAUAAUAAACAAGUUUGCUGAACAGCAAAAGCUGCAGACUAACAUCAGUUCCUUAAAUCAAAAACAAUGAAGAGAAACCUGGAUGAGCUUAAGCUUCAGAAAGACAGUAAAAAAGGUGACUCUCAUUCUGGCAGAUUAACCGGAGCCGAAUGUGCAUGAGUGAAUCCACAGUGAAUUAAAGCAGCUGAAGUUAAAAGGGAAUUUAAAUCACAGUGAUGCACAAGGGUCUCUUUCUGAUCUCCCCUCUGUGUUGUCUUUCUGUUGUAGAUGAGUUGAAGCACAUCAUCGGAGCAGACACCACCAGAAAAGGCAUCCUCCGAGUCUUCGACAUGUUUCAGUACCAACCCAUGAACCGUCGGCUGGUCUACGUUUUCCUGGAGGGCUUCUUGGAGACAAUGUUCCCCCAGUACAAGUUCCCUGAGCUCUUUGUCAAACUACACUCCCGCUCGCCACGCAUCCACAGAUUUAGCCAGAAAGUCAAAUCGUCUUCUCUGAAGAGGUGACAGGAGAGCACAGAGGCAUCGGGACAUCAGCCGACUUGACACACACACUUGGACUUAAGAGCCGGGGGUAAAGGUGGGGGACUUGAUGUGAAUGUUACGGUGUGUUUGCCUAAUUUCUGCCCCUCCAGUUCCUUCACACACUCUUUUUAGUGAAAACACUCCAGUCAUCCAGCUGAAACUGAAGGAUGAGCAGCACACACACGGCCCUCCUCAUGCGCAAACACAAAUCCUGUAUUUGCACCGAGACUGAUCAUCACAGUCAUGUCUUAGUUCAACAUUUAUCUUCUUUUUUUUGUGUUUUAGUUAUGUUUAGCUUUAUCCUGGGCCAGUUGAUGCUGCUUUCUCAUGGUCCAGAGAGCAGACCACAAAUACUGUAUUGUUUUUUAACUGCAGAAGCAGACAGCAGAGACCCACACUUUGCCUUACCUUCCCGCUUCUGUGUUUAAACUGACGCAGCGCAUCGUCCGAGUGACGUGGCCGGUCAGCUGUAGUCAAGCUAACCCUCAAGCUAUAGACAUCUGAUCUGCGAAAGCUGCACACUUGCUAACACGCAAACGAUUCUGUUGUCAUAGUAACCAAAUAUGUCAAUAGCACUGGGUUAAAAGGCGCUGUUUUUUUUAAAUGUGACUGAACAAAAAGUGGGUCGAAAGAAUGAUUUGACACUUUAUUGUCUGCAUAUUUUUUUGCCUCUAAUCCUCAAAGAAUAAGCCACACCCCCUUUAAUGCUACUGUCAAAACACGGGAAGACCAAAGCUCAUGCUGUUCCAUACUUGUGCGUGUGUGCGCGCGCCUGUGUGUGUGUGUAUAAGUGUGUGUAAGUGUGUGCACUGGCUGGGUGUUGGGGUGCCCUGAACAUUACUGUGCUCCAUAUCUUUAAUCAUGCGAGGGAAGAGAACGGCACAGUCGUGAGUCACUCAGCGCACCAAUCAAAGAAUGUACUCUCUGGUCUGGCCUGUGUUUGGCUUGUGUAGAGGUGUGUGUGAAUGGGAGUGUGUGUGAGUGUGUAUGUGUCUGUUUUAGCAUGAAGAUGCUCUUCAGUCAGAAAACUGUGCCAGUGUGAGCGAGUGAACCAGCCUUAAAAACUACAUACAGGAGAAACUGACCAAGAGACGCACGCUAAAGGUGGCGCUCCCUCACACGACUGAACGUUACAAGGAAAUCAAGAUAGAGAUACGGAGAUAUAUCCCUAAUCACUUUAUUCAGAGAAGAUGUGUUUAAUUUUGUGCAAUAUUUUGUUUCUUCAAUGCAUGUGCAUUUUGAAUCAUUGUAUACUGAAAGAAAUAAUCCAUAUAGUUUUAAUAGUGAAAACAAAACAGAGGUUCCCUGAGAAAUAUCUUCUUAUCCCAACAACUUAACAUUCCGUUGUUGUAAAAGUACAAUGUUUAUUUUACAGACUUGUUUUAUAAGUCUGGGUUUUUAUUUCUUUGGCGUGUGGGGGAUUUUUUCCACUUUUCCCACCCACUCCAUCAGAAUCCGAGUUGUGGCGAUCAGCUGGGGGCGUGGCAGGGGGUCUCACUGUCUAAUGAUUAGCUCAUCGGGCUAUAGCUAGCUCAGAGGCGGCCUCAUAAAACUGCUUCGUUUGAACUCAUAAGUGGCAUUUUUAUGCAUUCAAGCCUGUCCUGUUGAGUGUGAACAUAUCUUCAUCAUGAUAAACUGACAUCUGGAGGGACCGCCUCCCUCUUUCUCCUGUCCAAUAGGCUCACAGGAGAGCCUUGCCCUGUGACCAUUGGAAUCACUGCGUAUGAGCACUUACCGUAGCAACUGUGGGAGGGCUGGAUGGAGCUCCAUUCUACCGCAAUCAUCGAAUGGACUUUCUUUGUCUGCUUCCAUUGCUUUGUACUGAGCAGCUUUAGUGGACUCUGAUUGGUCGAGCAGGAGGACAUGUGCCAGAGCCUGCCACUCUGAGGUGGAUAUUUGGUCCCCAUAGUGGAGCAGGUGUCAUUUUUAACUUUGUGCACACCUCUCCAAACAGGAAGGCUUGUCUCUUUUUUUUUUAACCCCAGUAUUUAUGAAUCUAUGAUAAUGAAAAUUGUGCAUAUCUGUGUACAGUAUGUGUUAAUAGUGUGCCUAAAUGUACUGUCAACUCUAUUUUCAUAUUUUUCUUUAACCUAAAAAAGAAAUCAAUCAGAAUGUCAUGAUCAUUUUACGUGACUGAAAAUGACUUUAGGGUGUUUUUUUGCAUCAUGCUUAUCAAACUCUUCCUUGUGAGCGAUUGUGCUCGGAUCAGUAUAACACUAAUAAAAGGUAACUCAGACUAACUGACCAACAGUACCAA